AAUUGUAAAGGAAACAGCUAUGCAACCGCUGCAGACCGCGCCCACGUGAAAGCCACGUUGCUUAGCAACGCGUCAACUGUUUCCGAGCGGAGACGCAACCAAACAAACGCACCUGCGACGGGCUACCUGACUUGGUGAAAUGUCCAAGCCACAACUCAAGAAAAAGGAGUCCUCCUCAAGUAAAGGGUCUUUGUCCGAGCGACAGGCGGAAGCAGCGUCCAUAGCCGCCUCUUCCUCUGAGAGCCUAGGGGGUGCAUGGAGAUUCCCCAUUUGGCCUGAGUGGAAUGAUGCAGAAGUGGAAAAGGAGAAAUGGGACUCGAGUAAAGGAGCUGAGGAUGGAAAGACAAGCAAGAGUCACAUUGCUCCAUUUUAUGAGAAUCCCGAGGGAAGAAUAUUACUGCCCCAGCUGCUGAAAGUGCACUCGUGGAAGCGUCCUAAAGAGUUUAUUGUCAACAAGGCUCUCUCUGUUGUUGAAAAUCCAAUUUCCUUUGACCUGCUCUCCCCCAAUGAUCAUCUGAUUUGCAGUGAGCUGAUGCGGCGGCUCAUCAGUGAGAUCUGUAUUGUUUGGACGCUGCAUGAAGGCACACUUACAGAAAAGGAUCGUUGGAGACCUUGGGAGCACAUCUACUCGCUGUGUAAGGUGGAAAAAGGUCAUGUGCCUCUCUACAACGACUAUGGCAAAUACGUGGUCAGACUUUAUUGGAUGGGUUGUUGGAGGAAGAUAAUGGUAGAUGAUUCCAUGCCAUUUGAUGAAGAAAACCACCUUCUUCUUCCUGCCUCCACCUGUCAGUCGGAGCUUUGGCCAAUGUUGUUGGCUAAGGCUCUCAUUAAAGUGGCCAACACAAAUGUAGUGUCAGAGGUCCACGGAGAGAUGGGAGUGUUCACUUUUAUCCACACCCUCACUGGCUGGAUCCCAGAAAUCUCUCCAAUCAAGUCUCUAUACCUGGGGAAAACGUGGGAUUUCUUAAAGGACACCAUUCCCAUAUUUACACACCGAGAUGACAGUUUGCCGGAGACUGUAGAUCCAGCUGCAGCUAGACGUUCCAGCUGUGAUAACGGCAAUAGUCCGCUGCCUGAGCCAGAGAAAAGGAAAGGUUCCCCUGAAGUAGUGGUGUGUGCCAGCCAAUACCCAUUACGGCCACAUGACAAUUCCCCCUGGUUUGGACAAAUGGCUACCUCCUCAGAGUGUCUUCGGGAGUACGGCCUCUCCUUACUGUGCAGCCACAUUGUCCUUCUGACAAGAACCAGGGGAUGCCCGCUAGAAGCCCCACCUAAACCUCCACCUGUACCCCAAUGGAAACUCAUCCGCCAGCGGAAGAAGAUCACGGUCACAGAUGAACCACAAAAGCCUCCUUUGUCAAAACCAGAGAAGUUCAUUGAGAUCGCCAGCCCUUUUCUCCACUUCCCAGUCAAGAGUAGCGGUGGCCUGAUACCGGAGUUAAAGGCCCAGCGGAGCAUUCAGAGGAUAUGUCCCCACGGCCCCCCUCUGGUGUCCAUUGCCGAGAGAGAAGAGGCCGAAGAAGGCCCUGAGCCCGAUGCAGCUGAAUGCGCCGCCAGCUCAACAAACAUCAAGAAAGACAAAAUGGAGGUUACUGCAAAGGACGUGAAGAAGGACAACGAUCACAUCUCCAAUGUUAGACCCAAAACGGCAUUGGAGGAGCCUUCAGCUGUGGAGCCCUCGGCUCCUGUCAAACCCGUCCUGCAGCUGACCUGGAUGGACCUAGAUGACUUUGCUAAAUGCUUCCAGACACUCUUGGUUUUUCAUAAACCGCAAAUCUACCCACAUCACAUCCAGGAAUCACAUUUUAAGAGCACCGUCUUGUCCAAAACUGCAACGGCCACCUACAGUCCAAAGUCAUCUAUACAGUCCCCUGGAUCGCUGUCUGGGACAUCGACUGUAGCCAGCUCUGAAUGCCCAGAAUUGAGAGGCACUCACUACCUGUGUGUGGACAGCCUGCAACCUGCCCAGAUCCUCAUCAGUUUCUCUGUUCUGCUUCUCUGGGGAAAUGCAGCUCAGGAGAAGAAAGAACUGUAUGCAGCGUGUACGCCUUCAGUUCUCAUCGCCCAGACCUACUCAUGGAAAAGUCUGCAGUCCCAGCUGCCAGUGCUCACCAUCAAGACCACCUGCUCAAGGGCCACCAUGUUGAAGUUACCCCCCGGGCGUCAUGUCUUGUCCUUCCACACAAAGGCAGCACUGGGCUACGACGUUCACCUUUGCAGCGAGAUGCCGUUCACGUUCGGUGACGAAGAGGCCAUCAUAUCACAACUCACCAAGGAAAGUGCUCGUUUCACUGACCAGGCCUCGUCCAUAUGGAGAGGACUGUCCAGAUUGGUGUCUUCCUUUAGCAACGAGCAGGACCAACCAGCAGCCAGAAGAAGUCUGGAAGAGGCUCACUGCCCCCAAAACAUUGACACCCCACUGGAAAAAAGAAGCCACAGCAAGGUUUUUAACUCUGCAGUUUACAAAAUGCUGUGUGAGGCUCUGGGCAGGAAGCUGACAUCAGAGGAGCGGUUUGCUGUAGUCGUCCUCACAGCUGACCCUUCACUCUUGGCCAAUGACCCCAGGAUACACUCCCCUACACUGGAUGGAGAAUCAAAGCCUCCUGAAAGAUGGAGCGACAGGGAGCCAGCAGACAGCGAGGUCAAGGCAGCCAUCGUUCUGCAGGCUGCAUUCAAAGGGCACACGGCGCGAAAGAUUUUGAAUGCCUCGAAACCAGGCACAAAGGAGAAACUCACUGCCUCCAAGAUAUUUUUAGACAUGUGGCCAAAGGUCGAGUCGGAUGCAGAAAAACAUGCCGCCCUCUUGCUAAGCUAUAUCAUUGAGCGCUCUGAGGGAGCAGAGCUCUACCCCUGUCAGCAGGAUGAAUGGACCAGAGUCACCUUUGCUGAUUACUCCGUCUCUCUUCGAGACACAGCCAACUCCUGGACCUUGGUCUUCAGAGAGGUGUUCCUGGUUCAAAAGGAGAUGCAGCUUGUACCAAAGGUCUACUCCCCAGUCCCCAAUUGUCUUCUACACGUCAUAAACAACGACACUGGAGAGGAGCUGGACAUGUUGUUCAACAAAGUGGCCCCCCAUGUCUAUCGACCCAACAAGCUUGGAUACACCUUUGUAGCAGAGGCUGUCACAUCGGAGUCACUCCCUGCUGGCGCCAAGUGGAGGAUGCGCUUGAUCGGCACAAGGGAACCCCUUCCAAAACUUUCCCGCGAGACUCCCCUCAACGUGUUCUCAGUGAAGGAAAUGCGGGAUUAUUACAUUCCCAAUGACAAAAACCUCAUUUGUCGUUGCCUUGUGCGUGUGACUGCAGACGUCAUUGGAACCAUUCAGUUUCAGACUUCGAAGGCAGACGCGUUGAUCCGUUUGUCCGUUCUGGACCAGGAGAAGCUGGUCGCCGGCAAUACCGGCAAGGGUCACGUGGUAAUUCCUAUCUUCUGCUUCUUGGCCAACGAAGAACAAAAAAAAAACAACCAGAAGGGAUCCACCACCCAGGACGCUCCCCAGGAGAGAGGCGAGGACAGCACAGCUGGGAAAUUGGACUCAUCGUUUGACCAGUUCCAGCCUCCCACAGAGUCCAUGGUCCAUAAGUAUGUGGUGCAGACAGAGGUGCUUCGUAAGAGCUGGGAUCUGGAUGAAUCUCAGCUGGCGUUUGUCCACACGCUCAGAGACUUGCAGAAGAAUGAAAUGAGAGUAUACCAGCCUCAGGAUUUAAACCGAUCCUCGACCGACCCGACGCACCCGCAAAGGCAAAAAACACCCAAAGCCAACCGUAAAGGGGAAGGAGACAAGGAGAAGGGGAAGCCAUCUGCCAACUCAAAAUCUGGUUCCAAGCUGGAAAUGAGCCUUGACCCGACUAAGGCGAACUGGACUCUGCGCGUGGUCACCGACAAGAGCGAAGCGGAGAGCAUUGAGGUGGCGAAGGACACGGAGAGAAUGGACCAGAUAAAAGCCAUCAAAAAAGCCUGGGAAACGGCGGAAGCAGGACGCAGUGCAAAGGCUUUACAGUCUCGUCUCAAGUUUCUUCGGCAGUUCCAACAUCCCCCGAGCGAUGAGAGCGCCGCAGAUGACGCAGCAAGCACGGGGCCAGCUGAUCCCAGAUCUGAUCUUGGCACAGCUCUCAGCCCAUCGACCAAAACAGUGACCAUGGACUACACUCCCUUCACCAGACGCCAAAAGGAUCUUCCGGUGCUGAUGGACUCGCAGAUGGAGGCCACCCGGCAGAGGCAGCGCAUAGAACAGAUCCAGACGUACCGGUUGGUCAGAGAAAACGUGCUGGAGCAUCGUAAACAGCGGGAGCUCAACAGGAAGGCACUUAUAAUACACCAGCUGGAGACGUAUGAGCACAUGCAGGCAGCCCAGGGGCAGCGCUGCAAGACAUUCCUGGAUGCCUGCGAGUCUAUUAGGAGCCGUCAGGUGGCAGCCAUGAAAAGGAAGCAGGCGGAGGGACAGGCUCUGGAGGAUGCUAAGCAGGCACUCUUAGAAAAUACAAGGCCCAACUUGUCUGCCAACCAGCGGCGGAAAACAUCGGCCAAGACCGCUGGCAAGAAGAAAUGAUGCGGCCAUUGGCGCAAAGGUUCAGGCUCAAAUCUGAUCGGCUUUCAACAAGUCGGCUCAAACACCGAGGAAUCUUCAUGCUGAGCUUGAUUUAGAGCUGAGAAUGCGGUUGCAUUUGUUUUUAGAUUUUAUUGGAAUAUGACAUUUUUAAUGUUUUGUUCAUAAUUUAUAUUACUACUACUAAUAAUAAAAAAUAUAUAUAUAUAUAUA